CAUAUAUCAGUUCAUAUGUUCGUUAGUAUUUGGUGCAUUUGCAUUCUACACGAUUCAUGUUCUCUCUGUCCACAGCUUGUGGUUGUACAAGCUGACUUGAAUCGUCACUUGAAGGACCUGAAAGACUAUUUUCUUUUGGCAAAAGGAGAUUUCUUCCAGUGUUUCCUCGAGGAAAGUCGCCAGCUAAUGCGUUUGCCACCUCGGCAAUCAACUGCUGAAGCUGAUCUUAUGGUGCCAUUUCAGCUGGCUGCGUUAAAAACUAUUGGUGAAAAAGACAAAUAUUUCUCUAAAGUAUCCUUGCGGAUGCCAUCUUAUGGAAUCACAGUUAGACUUUCCCUAUAGAUGUAUCAAGGGCAAACACUUCAGCAGAUGGAAGCUCUGGUGCUUCUUCAGAAAUGUCACUUGAUGGUUGGGAUGGUCUUGCCCUUGAGUAUUCUGUCGAUUGGCCUUUGCAUUUGUUCCUUACUCAAGAAGUCCUCUCUAAAUAUCUUAGAGUUUUCCAAUAU